ACAAUGAACAUAAAAAAAUUUAUCUGAUACAAUGAACUGCGAAACUCUACAAGAUGAAAAUGAAGAUGAUGUUUUACAAAAAAAAAAAAAGACUUUAAUGUCAGUAGAUAAUGAGAAAAUCAAGCAUCUCCAAAUUCACCACAUCCCAAGGUUUAUCAAAUACAGAAUGCGAUUUACUGACAACAACAUUAAACCAUUUUAAGAAGCUUCAUGGACCGGUCGUAUCUAAUCUUGAUAGAGAUUUGCUUCGAGAUAUAUCAAGUAAACUGGAUAUAUUGCUGAUGAUCGAACGUUGCAUCUUAAAUGAAAUAUUUCCUGGUGAAGCUAUUGUAGAAGAACCCGAAAAUUGUCCUCCUCUUCCACUACGAGAUGAGAAGUCAUUUGAAGAAUUUCAGAGUUCAACGAACUUUUGAAGAAUAAAAUUGCGUACUCUCAGUUUGUCAGCUAUCUACAUGCACAUAUUGUUGAUGGUCCUGAUGAAUGGAGUGCUGCUACUUCUCUUAUGUCCAUCAUAUUGCACAAUGAUCUUGCAAGACUAAUUAGCUGGAAAGGAACUGGAGGAGUGAAAAUCUCUUUCUAUG